GCCUCCUCCGCCGCGGACGCACGAUGGACGAGCUCCUCCCGUACCGCGUCGAGUACGCCAAGAGCGGCCGCGCCUCCUGCAAGACGUGCAAGGGCAACAUCGCCAAGGACACGCUCAGGCUGGCGGUCAUGGUGCAGUCGCCCAUGUUCGACGGGAAGGUCCCCAAUUGGUACCACCAGAAGUGCUUCUUCAUAAAACAGCGCCCCAAGACUGUGGCCGACAUUGCAAACUUUGACGCCGUGCGGUGGGAAGACCAGGAGAAGAUCAAAACUGCCAUUGCAAACGCAGGUUCGGGUGGCGGCGCUCCCUCAGACGCCGGGGGCAAGGGAGGCAAGAAGGGCAAGGGAAAGGCCAAAGGAGGCGCCAAUGACUUCACAGCCGAGUACGCCAAGAGUGGAAGGGCCGUUUGCCGAGGCUGUGAUGAGAAGAUCCUGAAAGACCAAGUGCGAAUCAGUAAGAAAGAGUUUGAUAGUGAACGUGCUCAGAAUUAUGGACCUGUGGAUUUAUGGCUCAUGUUGACUGCUUUUGUGAAGAAGGGCGUGCCGAACUGUCUUCUUGAGAGUGGUGCACCAUUUGCUGGCUUUGCACUCUCUCUGGGCUGAUAUACAAGAAAUAUGCUCAAGU